CAGUAUCAUUCCGGGUCUUUCGUGCCAGUUACAAUGUCUAAUACAGCCGUGUCGACAAAUACAGGUCUGAUGGAUCAGAAUACGCACAUUUUGCCUAGCAGUGGGUUUAGUCAAGAUGCCCUCAGCUCAAACACUUCUUCUUACGCUUCCGAGCAAGCCGUCCAUGAAAAUUCUGUUGCCUUGUUGAGGCCGAAUAUACUUGGUUCUACUCCUUUAAGCCAUGCCUAUGUCCCGGAAGAAGUUCACGCAGAAGGUCCUUUCAGGGAGGAGCAUAGAGGAGAGGAACCUCGUAGAGGGGAAAGGGAGAUAGAAGAAGAUGCAGGAACAUUGAUUUCAUUGAGUGGCCAGACUUCCAGGACUGUUCCGCCUCCUUAUAACCCUGCUUGGGAUAUUUUUCAAAGACACAGUGAAGAAACCAAUAACUCCCAGACUCAGCAACCGGCGCAGAGUUCGCUGAUAGAAGAUAAGACUAGUUUGUGUAGAGGAUAAGCUGUCGAUGUUUCUUGCGACAUUCUAAUAUUGACUUAAUUCGCUGAAGAUCCCUUUAUUUUGGCGACAGUUUGCAUUACGUGAUGUAUCGACUAUCUAUCCUGUUGAACUUCGUUAUUAGGUCGAUGCUAGCUUCAAAUUUUGUAGCCUUUACGCUGCAAGGACUCAUCUGCAAUGAUAUACUAUCAUCAUCACAA